AUGCCUUGUUUUGCUAAUUGGUUUAGUUUAAAUGGAGAUGGUGCAAUGACUGGUGUACAUUAUUUAACAGAGCGUGGUUUUCUUACAGCACCAAUUUUAAUUACAAAUACAAAUAGUGUUGCUGAAACAUAUGAUGGGUACUUAAAUGAUAUUAAUGGCUUUCAUGUAAAAGAAGAACAUGUAUUUGAAGCAUUGAACAAUGCUAAAGGAUCUGACUCAUUAAUUCAAGAAGGAAAUGUAGGGGGUGAAACAGGUAUGAUUUCAUUUGGUUUUAAAGCUGGAACAGGAACAAGUUCACGAAAAAUUGAGGGUUUAAAUUAUACGAUUGGAGUUUUAGUACAAUCUAAUUUUGGAUGCAAGAAACAGUUAAUUAUUGUUGGUGUUUCUGUUGGCGAAGAAUUAUUGAAAAUCGAACAAACCAAUGCAAGUAUUCCAGAUGAAGAUGUUGGAUCGAUUAUUGUUAUUGUAGCUACGGAUGCACCACUUUUACCACAUCAAUUGAAACAUUUAGCAACUAGAGUGUCACUUGGAAUAGGAAAAGUAUGCAGUAUAGGUGCUAAUCUAUCUGGUGAUAUUUUCUUAGCGUUUUCGACGGCUAAUGUUUCGAAUCCAAGUUCGGCAACCGGAGCUAUAGAAUUUUUGCUCAAUAAUCAAAUGAGUCGUUUAUUUGAAGCAACGAUUUAA